AUGACUAUGUGGAUGUUUUGGGCUAUUUUUUGUCUGGUUAUUGGACAAUUGGUCCAUUCAUUGCCAACAGACGAUCAACGUGUUCCACUCGAUGGAGUAGUAGGCACAGCUGAAUCAGUAGAUAAGUCAUCGCCUAGGUUUAGUCGACUAUCAAGAUUGAUUAGAAGCAACAAUCAAGACAACGAUGAUCUUAAUUUUCUACACAAUGUCGAACGCCGAGCUAUUAACAAUUAUUAUCAACAAAGAGUAUUUGAUCUAACGAAUCAAGCACGUCAACAAGGUCGCUACUGUGGUCAGACGUGGUAUCCCGCUACAACACCACUUUCGUGGAAUGAUCAAUUGGGCAUCGCCGCACAAAAACACGCUGAAUCUAUGCUAUAUUAUAAUUAUUUUUCUCAUACAGGUAGAGAUGGAAGCAGUUUUGUAGAUCGUAUAGCAGCUGCAGGCUAUUCGAGGAACUGUGCUGGUGGCGAAAAUAUUGCUGGCAAUCAAACUCCUGAGGCGACAGUCGCUUCUUGGAUCAAAAGCUCGGGACAUUGUGCCAAUAUUAUGAACAAAAAUUUUAGAGCAAUUGGCAUCGGAUAUGCAAAAGGUGGUCCUUACGGAGCCUACUGGGUUCAAAAUUUUGGCUACUGUUAA